AUGGGAUUUGUAGGGCCGCAGUACGCGAAUGUGGGAUUCAGGUACGGGUACAUCGGCGAUCAACCACCGCCCACAGUGCACGCACCUGCGUCUGACGCGACUCCUCCAGUCGCCCCGUCAACCCCAUUCCCCAGCGCGAUCUAUCAGGAAAGCCAGCCAACGGGGCAAGCCCCGCCAGACCCUAGAGAACCAAUAGUGGUCGGUGUGGACACACAGCCGCGAACAGACGACCCAUUAUCGAACGCGAAUACCGGCGAAAUAGUACGUGAGGUGAAUGGUGGAGCGGGGAUGAAUGCAAGCGCGCGUGCACAUUCACCGCCAAUAUGGAACCUGAACUCACUGUUGCCAGGAAACCCGGACGUCCACAUCCGCACCCCCGCGCAACCGACCGCAGUGGACGCGACCGGUGUAGGUGGGAAACCACAGGCGAACGCGGGGAACGCGGGACGUGGAGCGUGUGCAGGAGGAAACGCGGGAAGAGGAAGAGGGACUGGUGCAAGGGGAAACGCGGGAGGAGGAAGAGGGACUGGUGUGAGAGGGAACGCGGGAAGAGGGACAGGUGCGAGAGGAAGGGGUGGGAGAGCGAGCGCGGGACGUGGGACCGGUGUGGGAGGGAACGGAGGUAGUGCGAACGGGCGGAGAGCGCCUGGGGUGACAGGCAACGGCGGCAGAGGUAACGGUGUUAACGCGACCGGAGGUACCGGGAACGUGCCAUUGAAACCCGAAAACUACCUUUCGAACUCGCUGUCCGCGCUCAACGAGGAGGAGGCGGAAGACAACGAACCGGUGCGGGGCACGCGAACGGACUUGGAGGUCCCCAUCGCGGAUUGGAACGGGCUUGGUGUGGAGGACACGCCGGCCGCAAAAAGAGAGAUGUGCAUGGGCAUCCUCUACGGUGUCUCUGAGGCCACGCUGAAGAAGUAUCGCGGUUGGGCCAGAGAGUACAAGCUCUUCAUGGUGCACGAGCUGCACAAAUUGGACGUGAGUAGGUUCGGUGAGGAGGCCUCGUUGAGAAACGCGAACCUAGACGAGAUCGGGGCCGCGCUCGAGCAGAACAUGGGUGGUGACUGGAAGAUGGCGGAGGGCGACGUGCAGUGGUUCCACGGCCCCGAGACGAAUCCGUGGUGCUUACGCAAAUAUGUGACCUUCCUCGCGAACGAGAUGGUCGCACAGGCGGACAGGAUGGCCACCCUCAAGCGGCCCAACAAGACCUUGAAGAAGAGAAGCCAUUGCUCCACUGCAAUGCUGAUGGGGCGUCUCAAGGCUUUGAACCUCCUCAUCAAGCUGGACGGGGCCAUCUUCAGGAAGCCCGUUCUGAACCUGCUACGCGACUUUGCGGAGUGUCGCAUCUGGGUCCGCGUUCAAGUACGCGACCAGUACAAGCGGUUAAUCGCGAAAUACCUCUUCUUCCCCCUUCGCACGGGCAUAGAGAAGCAAAUACCGUCCACGACUCAUCACGACUGGGCGGCGAAGAUUCUGGGGGACGCGGGAAUCACAUACUCGCCUGUGGUUCACGCGACGAGAGCUGGUGGGGCUCAGCACUCGUCUGCGGACGGAAUGCCCUCUGAUCAGCUGGCAAGACUGGGGGGUUGGCGCUUCAUCGACGUGAUGACUAAGCACUACCUCACAACUAUUCCGAGGGAGGCCGUGCUCCUGAAGGCUGGCUUCACAGGUGUUGAUGGUGACUACUUCAUAGGUCGCGCAACUGUUCCGGUGAGUGAGAAGCUGGAGAAGCAAUUGAGGAAGCACAUUUUCCCCUGGGCCGCACUGGUCAAAGGACAGAAACAGUGCCAUGAUUACAACGGGAAGAUGGUCAGCGAGGACAAGGCGGAGAAGCAGGACACCGCGGGUCUAAACAUACUGAAGGAGCUGGAUGGGGAGGCUAGGAUGGCGGUCACGCAAGACCUGACCAUGUAUUACAUCCACCACCCGUGA